AUGCAAACUGCGAGUGAUGGCAAAUGCGAGCAGCACUGCUUCACUGCGCAGCUGCCACAUACCCUAGUUAUGCCCGCUGCAAAGAGAUGCUACAAAGGUAUUGAUGAAGUAUUUGCUGGUCUCGUUUACCAGGAACUAGAAGAACAUAAAGCGCUGUGCAUCGUCCACAGGCCGAUGGAUUUUCCGUGCUCAAGCGCUGAAGGCCAUCAACUGGAAAGCGUUGCAGGGGAUUCCGACCGCUCAUUCACAGUGGAAGAAUCCUCAGCGCGAACGGACAGCACAAAUGAUUGGGUAACAGCGGGUGCCAAAACGCUGGAGGCGCAGGACAAUCUCUCAUACACUAGUCCGCUAACGAUCUUGGUAGAUGGACAAGACUUGACACGUUUUCACGUCUGUCUCUCUUCCCCCGGAGUUCAAACGGUUGUCGACGGCAUUGUGUUUCUCCACACCCUCUCGCCGGUUGAUAUUUUGAGCCAGCAACUUAUUAAGCUACAACCCAUUUCAGGGCUGGAGAACGAGGGGAUGGAAGUUUGCAAUCCAGAAACGUUACCAUCCAGUGGUAGCGUGUGCAGGAAAGGGCGAAUUGAAUGCGGAAUUGUUGCAUGCCACAUCGCUCCCAGUCAGUGGGAUUUCCUGGCAAGCUCCGACUGCCUAGUUGCAGCACUGGCAAACUCUGAGAAAAAACGCCUGCAACUUUCAACACCCAACCAGCUCUGCUCUAAGGAGGAAGUAGCUGAUAAUAAGAUUCCGACACUGCAUGAGGAGUACAAAGGGUCCUCGGAAGAAAGCAUAAACCAGGAUGCCAUCAGCGACCGCGGGAACCCCUUCCAGGGACUUUCUGGCAUCAUAGGAAGCCAAACAUUACCCACCGGGAAAAAUACGGCUCAGCCCUUAUCAGAUGUGGUCUACCUCAUGGAAACAGUAGUGCCUGUAUUGUAUCCUGCUCUAGAAGCUGUAAUUAGAGACCGGCCAGAUGACCCACUAGCCUAUAUUGCAUUUUACCUUCUUAGACAUUCCACUGGCUACUCUCGGACAGCAUGUCCCCUCCAGAAUUCCGGGGCAGUUUGA